CUGCUCAACAGCGGCUAAGCUAACGUUAACCGAAACUAACUUUGUACACUAAAAUUAACGUAGACUAUUGAGCUGUCGCGAUAUUACACUUUACUUGCUCACAACACCAGCCCAUGUUUCAGGUGUCAAUAAUAAGUGAACUAUAAUAACAGACCUUAUUUAAAGUGAACAUCGGAGUCCAGAGUGCGCUACGGACGAUGUUAAACACUCGUUUCCGUGUUGUGUGGGCUGCAUUAACGUCUGAUAGGCGGAGCCAAUCCUUUGAGUGCAACCGCCAAUCAGUGACGACAGGAAAUCGCGGUUUCUUCAAUUUGUUGUUUACUUAUGUUCUUGAUAAGCACGGCGCAUUUAGAGUAAACGUUCUUGUUGUUUAUAGCUCACUGACUCAUGUGUUUUCAUAAAUAGCAGCUGUCUAAUGCACUUUGUGUGUACCAAAGCUCAAUUAGCCGUUUGCCACAGUAGGCUCUGGAAAUCAAGAAAACGUUAGUUAACGCUAACUGCUGAUUAACGUCGCGUCCCGUUCCGUCCGUUAAUCUCGUGUGAAGAAGGUGCUUGUGUAUUACUGGACUGGAAGAUGCCGAUGGUACUGCGGUCCAGAAAGUCCAUCAACCCCAGAGAGGCAAAUGAGGUACCGAGAAGGUCGAUCCGCCUGCACGGUAGUACUUCAUACGAGGAGUCAGAUGAGUCAGACUCUGAGACUGUCCAGAGCCAAGUGAUGGAGAGACAUCAAAGUCCUGCUGAGCUGAAGGAGGAAACUGCUGAGGAGGCCGGUGUAAUGGAACUGAAGCAUUGCAGCAUUGUGCUGGAACGUCUCUCGGCUGCCGACAGGGCUGCAAAAAAAGAGCUUGAGGAAAAAGAAGACAUGAACCGCAAAGGUGGGAAACCCGUUUCCAGAAUUCCUACUUUCCAUAAACGACCCAUCGGUGCGAGCCAGAACACAGAGCUGCCUGUUCCCAAGAAAGAUACCCCUGUCCAUGUAGCUCAGCCCCACGAGAAAGCUGGGGUUGGAAGUGUAGAGGUUUCCAAGUCCAAGUUACCCGAUGUCAGAGAAACGGCACUACCCCUGCCGUCGAUCCGCGUCCCCAAAGUUGGCUUCGACGCUCCGUCACCGUUCACCAACACAGAACAAGUCCCUGGAACAGCCCAUAGUUCCCUAAAUACUGUACCCAAGAGCUGGAGUUUGUCUGAGUUUGUGCCGUGCCCUUCCAUGACUGUCAGCCCCAGGCCUGCGCUCAGACCAGAGCACAGAUCCGCGCUACGUUUAUCAGACGAAGACGAGAGUAAAAGGUUUGAAAUGGAAUCUGACACCACAGCAGAAGGCACCUUAUCUCACCUUCCACACGAGGGCUCCGUCAGUGAAAAGCCACAGGAAGACGAUGUUGAUGAGGUUCAAAGCAGGAUUACCCUCACUGCCUCUGGAGAUACUAUGAAGUCAAAGUCUGCAGACGUUGUUCACGCAACUGAGGUUAGCCAAGAUGACGCUAUCAUGAAUGAAGAGCCACCGUGGGAGACAGCGCAGAUGAACAUACUUGAAUUAAAGGACAGCAGGUCUUCAUCAGAUGUUGAAUGCGAGGAUGAUUUGGCAGGUGGAAAGUCUGAGGGCCCCGAUUCAGGGGAGGUGAAGGAGUAUCGCGAGCCACUUAUAAGCCAGUCUGCGUUUUCAGAUCUUACAGAGGAAAUAGCUGGAACUGAAGAAUCGGCCUCUCCUGUAGCACCAGAGGAGCCUGCUAAAGCUAAGUCAGUCAAGGUAACUAAGAGCUCAGGAUGCUCUGGUUUUGCCCUCUUCUGCUUCCUGCCCACUACCUUGCUGCUUCUAGGGGGUUUUGGCCAGCAUGUUUGGCACUACGGGCUUCCCAUGUCUGUGGCUCAGCUCACAGCUCAGCUGGAACUGAACCUGCUGGAGGGCUUUGGAUUAGUACCAGAGCCUUGCAGCACUGAUUGUCGAGUGCAUCUGGUGGAGAGCAUCCCUGUGGGCCUCUACCAGUCUUCUCCCUCGUCCAGACAAAGCAUCGCAGACAGCUGGCUUCAUCUGCUGCACAAGGCCAACAGCUCGGUCCAUAUCGCUGCUUUCUACUUCACUCUACGAGGCAGCGAUUUGGAGUUCUCUGGCUCCUCUGACUCUCAGGGACGAAAGGUCUUUAAGCAGCUUAAACAGCUUGAAUCCAAAGGUGUGAAACUCCAGAUUGCCGUCAACGCCCCCCAGGCCUCAACUCAAGAUACAGCAGAAUUGGCUGCAGCAGGUGCAGAAGUCAGAGAGGUAGACCUCAAGGCUGUAACUGGAGGCAUUGUCCACACCAAGCUGUGGGUGGUCGAUCAAAAGCACUUGUACUUGGGUAGCGCUAACAUGGACUGGCGCUCUCUAAGUCAGGUGAAGGAGGUCGGCCUGUCAGUGGAGGACUGCAGCUGCCUGGCUCAGGAUGCCUUUCGGAUCUUUGGGGUGUACUGGAGCAUUGGCGACCCGAACAACGGCUCCCUGCCACCGUACUGGCCUGCACGCCUCUCUGCCCUGUCCAGCUCCCAGGAUCCCCUGCGCCUGAAGUUCAAUGGAGUCCCUGCUCAAGUCUACCUGUCUAGCGCCCCUCCGUUGAUCUCAGCCCGCGGCCGCUCAGACGACCUCUCCACCAUCCUGUCUGUCAUCGACGACGCCAAGAAAUUUAUUUACAUCUCUGUCAUGGACUAUCUUCCCCAGUCUGAGUUCACAGAGCCUAUCAGGUUCUGGCCGGCCAUUGACUCGGCCCUGCGUGUUGCAGCCUGCUACAGAGAGGUACAGGUGAGACUCCUGGUUAGCUGCUGGAAGCACUCGCCUUCCUCCAUGUUUACCUUCCUGCAGUCCCUGCUGGUGCUCAACAGGCCUCCACUGAAAUGUGACAUUAAUGUGAAAAUCUUUACAGUGCCUUCAACAGCGGAGCAGAUGAAGAUUCCUUUUGCACGAGUCAAUCAUGCCAAGUACAUGGUUACAGACAGAGUGGUCUAUAUAGGGACAUCCAACUGGUCCGAGAACUACUUCACCCAGACAGCCGGCGUGGGCUUGGUGGUGAACCAGACCGGCUCUGAGGUUAAGAAAGGCCAAGAGACUCUGCAGAGCCAAGCAGAGGAGCUCUUCCUCAGGGACUGGACGUCUCAGUAUACCAGCACUCUCUCUGUUGACGAUGUGGACGUCUGCCCUCGAAGCCCACACUAAGGGUUUGUUACUCAAUAAAGCGCAUUGCAUUGUA